AUGGCGAAUCUCCUAACAAUCACAGCUGUAGCCCUCAGCCACCACCUGCAUAACCCAAUGCACUUCUUUUUGAUAAAUUUAUUCAUCCUAGACCUUGGCUCCAUCUCAGUGACCAUACCAAAAUCCAUGUCUAACUCUUUAUUGAACACCAAGUGGAUUUCCUAUGCUGGAUGUGUUGCCCAAGUGUUUUGUCUCUUCUGCUUCCUGGAAGCAAACAUGUGUCUUCUCACGGUUAUGGCAUAUGACCGGUACAUUGCCAUCUGCAAGCCACCGCAUUAUGAGAUAAUAAUGAACAGGAGAGCUUGUGUCCAGAUGGCUGCCUGUACUUGGACUGCUGGUGUCAUCUACUCUGCACUGCACACUGGGAACACUUUUACCAUACCAUUCUGCCACUCAAAUAUCAUCAACCAGUUCUUCUGUGAAAUACCUCAGCUGCUCAAGCUCUCCUGCUCUGACACAUACCGCAGAGAGCUGGCAGCCCUUUCCUUCAGUGUGUUUUUAUGUUUAUGCUGUUUUGUUUUCAUCGUUGUGUCGUAUGUUCAGAUCUUCACCGCAGUGUGGAGAAUCCCCUCUCAACAGGGCCAUCAGAAAGCCUUCUCCACCUGCAUUCCUCACCUUACUGUGGUCUCCCUGCUUCUUUCCACUGGUGCAAUUGCCUACAUGAAGCCCAUCUCUGACUCUCUGUCCCCUCUGGAUCUCUUGGCAACUGUACUGUAUUGUGUGGUGCCUCCAUUGAUGAAUCCAGGCAGACAGACAGAUGGGUACCACUUCUCAUGA